AUGUUGUCUUUGAAAAGAGCUUUUCGAGAAAGUGUACUUAAGGGUGGCAAGCCCAACUUGUCCUGGAAAAUACACAGAGCAAUAUCGACUGCCGCGUUACCGAUCCAAGAGCUCCCUGGGCAUGAAUUGCCUUUGCACGAAAACACUGAACCAGUUAGCAGAUCAUCAAACAGAAAGGACGUACUCAAAAAUGCCAAGCCCUUCUCCUCCUUUCUUACCGAUAAGUUCCAAAGACAACACGAUUAUCUUCGAAUUUCGAUUACAGAAAAGUGCAAUCUGCGAUGCUUGUAUUGUAUGCCAGAAGAGGGAGUCCCACAAUCGCCACAGCCAGAUCUUCUUACAACCCCAGAAAUCGUGCUCCUAUCGACUAUAUUUGUUUCCCAAGGUGUUUCAAAGAUCCGCCUUACCGGUGGUGAGCCGACUGUUCGUCGCGAUAUCGUGCCUCUUAUGCAACAGAUUGGAGCUUUGCGAUCCCAUGGUCUGCGCGAGCUCUGUCUCACCACAAAUGGGCUAAACCUUGCAAGGAAAUUGGAUAGCAUGGUGGAAGCAGGGUUGACUGGGAUCAACUUAAGUUUGGAUACUUUGGAUCCAUGGCAGUUCCAGAUUAUGACUCGAAGGAAAGGCUUUGAAGCUGUGAUGAAAAGUAUAGACAAGAUACUACACAUGAACAAAUUGGGCGCUGGUAUAAAACUCAAGAUCAAUUGCGUGGUAAUGCGUGGGGUCAAUGAAAGAGAAAUAAUACCAUUCGUCGAAUUAGGUCGAGAUAAAGAUGUCGAAGUUAGAUUCAUCGAAUAUAUGCCAUUUGAUGGCAACAAGUGGAGCCAAGGUAAAAUGUUGAGCUACAAGGAAAUGCUUGAUAUCAUACGGCACAAGUAUCCUACACUUCGAAAGGUAGCAGACCACAAGAAUGACACAAGCAAGACCUAUGAGAUUCCUGGAUUCGUGGGGAAAAUGGGAUUCAUUACAAGCAUGACUCACAACUUUUGUGGUACUUGCAAUAGAUUGCGCAUUACGAGUGAUGGCAACUUGAAGGUAUGCUUAUUUGGCAAUGCUGAAGUAUCCCUAAGAGAUAUUCUGAGGAAAUCCAAUGGCAAUCAUCCCAUUGAUGAGCAAGCUUUUGAAGCGAUGAAGCAGAUAGAAAUGGGUAGGAGACAGAAUCUUGGAGAUGCCCAUAGCCCUCUAGGAAGCUCUUCUAACGAGAGAGAGUUGCUAGAGGUCAUUGGAAUGGCUGUGAGUCGGAAGAAGGAAAAGCACGCCGGCAUGGGCGAAUUGGAAAAUAUGAAGAACAGACCCAUGAUCCUAAUAGGUGGCAAAUCUACCCCGGCUCAAGUCAACAAUACCACCAGUGGCGUAGAAGAGUCUUCGACAAACACCCUGUCAAGUUCAAUCCCAUCGGGAGUGCACAAGCUUACUCAUCUUACACAAUCGGGUGAUGCACAUAUGGUUUCGAUCUCCUCUAAACAGUCUACCAAAAGAACUGCAGUUGCUGUCUGCAGUAUUCACUUUUCCAAUAAUGUAGCAAUUCCACUCAUCCGUGAUAAUCGAGCCAAGAAAGGCGAUGUACUAGGAAUCGCUCGUGUCGCAGGCAUCAUGGCUGCCAAGAGAACUUCUGAUUUGAUACCUCUAUGCCAUCCAAUUGCAAUUACACAUGUCAACAUUGACCUACAAAUCUCGCACGAGGAUGGGACAGGCACAGGAUCUUCAUCUUCCGCUUCAAAGACUUCAAUUCCAUGGUCUGGCACAGGACAAGGCGAUGGAUAUAAAUGGCCGUCAUCUGUUUCAGAAGAUGGUCCUCUCAAUAAAUUUGGGAGCGUGGAAGUUACGGCCAGUGUGUCAUGCGAUGGGAAAACGGGCGUCGAAAUGGAGGCACUUACAGCCGCUUCAACGGCGGCAUUGACGAUCUACGAUAUGUGUAAGGCUGUGGAUAAGGGCAUGCGAGUUGAGGGGUUGAGAGUGGUGAGGAAAGAGGGGGGAGAGAGUGGCACAUGGGUAGAGGGGAUUUCCGAUUGCGAAAAGUAA